AACCAGUAAGUUCAUGAUAGUACCUGUGAACUUCUGAGUCAUGUUGACCUCUAAUACAACCUACCUAAACUUGCGGUAUUCCUAUCCAAGGAGCCGUUCAGUGACAUAGCACACGGUUGUUUCGGGGAUGUAAAUUCGUGUUCGACCGUCACCCGAAAGCAAGCAGGCCGCGUAUGGCUGUCAAGUAUUCUGGAUCCAUAACAGGUAGCAUCCAAGUCCAUGGUGAAGUGGGAAACAAUGAUUCCGCUUUGAUUCUGAAACGCUUCAUUUCCGGUCAGGCUUGCCAACUAAUUUCACACAACGAGGCAAACAGACGUGCCAUGGGAAUAGGGCAUAUGAUAUAAAGGCCUUGGGGUGACGUUCCAUUGUGUUCAAUUUCCCAACUUUUGCGACGUAUUCCUUACCACCUAGAGUAUCCAAAUGGAUAGCUUACACGCCCAUCGCAGACAAAGACAUGAGCGCACCAUGAAAUCAUCCAGAUUGACGCUACAAAACCCAUCGUCCUCACAGCCAGGGCAGGACUCUGACCAACAUUCAACAAGACUAGCCCUGCAGUCAUGUCUUGAGCGCCUUGAGCACCUUAAGCGCGUCAACAGGUUAGACCCUCGCGUGCACGCGGAAAUCCAGGAGAUACACAGCCUCUUUAUGGAUCUUCUUGACAACUACCAGUCAGAUGUCAUGAUGGCGGAUUCGGGCGGAUACGGUGGCACCGUCGUCCCCCAAGCAGGAAUUGCCAUUCCACCGUUCGUAUCUUCGCACGACAGCGGCUUCGUGCCACAGCCUGCACCCUAUAGAACAUCGUUCGGGGUCAUGGGAUCGCUGUCCGAGGGUAGAGGUGCUCUCCAGGGCCUAUUGCCCCACAGCGUCCGCAGUUCCACAGACUAUAGGCCCGCUGCUCAACCUUCCCUAACUCAGCCUCAGCACAGUAUGAACUCUGAGGCCUUUUCAGGAUUCCGUGAUCCGUGUAUUACGGAAUCGUUGACAGAGGGUGUGAAUCCUCGCUUCGGUCAACUUUUCCAAGACCUAUCGCUCCGUGACACGUCCGAUCCCGUCCAUAAGCCCACUGCGCUACCCUUCCAGGGCAUUUAUUAUGAGCAUGUCGCACCAAGUUCUUCAGCCAGACCCGACGAGCGACUGUCUGUCCCUGUUGUGCAAGUUAGUCAAGUAAAGGACAAAGUAAAAUGCACCUGGCAUGGGUGCGCAGUACUCGUUAACAAGGAUAACCUCACUCGUCACGUCGAAGAGGUGCACGAGGGGAAGAUUAAGGUUGUUUGUGCAGGCUGCGGAAGGAAGUUCAAGCGCCAGUAUCAGAUGAAUGAGCAUGUUCUUCGGUUUAAAUGUGGAAGAUCCUAGAUUGUUAUCUUGUACAACAAAGUCGCUAGCUAGUCAUGAUUAUGUUGAUAUAGAUUGGGUAUAUGUUCGGAAGUACUUACAAUAUUUGUUGAAGUGGUUCCUUAUGAAAAAGAUGCGAUCUAAGAGAUGUUAGUAUUCGCUUGCUACAAUUAAAAGUUUACCCUUGAUUUCAUUCGCUACUUUGAGGGAGGAUGAGCCAUCAAUGGACAGGGAAAGCCC